AUGGCUGGCAAACAAACCAAGACGGCGAAGCGCGCGAAAACUCAGAACAGAACGAGAGAAGUGACUUCUGAGGUUUUCCAAGAUUCACAAGCUAGGAAUCAACUAGCUAAUGCUCCAAAGGUUGAGAAACCGUCGGCCAGGAAGGCUACAAAACGUCAAGUGAAAAAGGAGCAGGCUGUUGUCCGUUUAUAUGGUACUCGCAAAAAAGAGAAGACCUAUUCUGAGAAGGAGCUUAACAUUCCAACUCUCAACAGAGCAAUUGUUCCAGGUGUUAAAAUUAAGACAGGAAAGAAGGGUAAGAAAUUUGUUGAUGAUCAUGAUCUUUUAACUUUAAACAGGCUGAUCAAGACUAUUGGCGAUAAGAAUGACGAAGUUACUGAAAGUAAGCUGGAGAAAGCUAAACGCUUAGAAGAAAUCCGUGAGCUAAAGAAGCAAGAACUAGAGCGGAAAGAACAAGCUAAGAAAGAAAAGCUGGAUGACAAGAUGGAUGAACUUAAGCGGAAAGCAUCUGUUGCAAGAACCCUUCGUAGAAAGAAUAAACGUCACGAGAAAAAGUUAGAAGACGUACCAAAGUCAAGCAAGAAGGUCUCUUUCGCAUAG